AUGACGGGCAGCAAGAUGGUGUCUGCCAGGAGGGUCGUUCGGGUAGUCAAGCCACAUACUCCAUUAAUAAGGUUCCCUGACAGAAGAGACUAUCCUAAGCCAAAUGUAUCAGAAGUUCUGAGAUCAACAGGACUACCAUCUCAUACUUCUUCAAUUUCGCAGCAUUCUAAGGAAAGUAAAUUGUCAGACUGGCUGAUGAAUCAGGGUCCACCAGACACUGCAGAGAUAAUACAAACUUUACCUCAGAUAUACAGAAGGAAACUUGUGUCUCAAGAAGAAAUUGAAUUUAUCCAACGUGGAGGUCCAGAAUAA